GAUUGAUGUCUGGGGUUUUGCAUUGUACUCGAGUGAUGUGACAGGUUCCACUGACCGAUCGCAUGUCUUACCAUAACGACUCGACGGGUCCCUCGGUGUCCGAGCUUAGAUGCUCGAUAAAAGAUGAGCCAUGGCCGUGGGUUAUUUCCGAACUCAGGAUCACAAGCCUUGAUAGCUAUACCUCAUCAAUCAUUCUACACCCUACGAAAGAUUUCUGACACAAAAGCCAUGUCAGUCAACAAAGGCCAGCUGCUAACUCUAGCCGGGCGUCUUACGGCCGCGAUCAACUCUCUUCCCACUCUCAACAACAUUGAGGGAGCACUUGCCAAUCGUCAGGCCAUUGUUGCUCUUGCACAGGAAGUCCUUCACGAAGCCACCCUGCCUGAAGAACAAUGGCUUGGAGAGGUUUCUGCGCUAUGCACUAUGACAGCCUCGCGCCUGUUCCUCAAGUGGGGAGCAUUCGAUGGAAUUCCUGUCAAAGGGGCCAUCGGAUACGAUCACCUGGCCGAGAAGCUGAAAGUUGAUGGUAGUCUAUUUCGACGGGUUGCUGCGAUGCUCGUGG